CGGUGAUAACAAUGUACCGUGUAUCAUUUGUUACAAAUUUAUCUAGACCUGCUUUGCCAUAUCUUAUCAUAGAACUUGUACAGUACCAGUCUUUUCUGCGAGAAGGGUGCAGUUUGAACCAUUGGCAGGCAUUUAUAAUCGAUAUUAGCAGAUUAAUUUAUUUGACAGUAGAAUAAACACGUAUUCGGACAUGUGAUUUUGGAAUUUGUGAGGUGAUUUUUGGAUUCAGUGACGUCCAAACAGACUUUUGAGAACAAUAUAAAGAUUAAACAAAAUGUAUUGGCUAGCUGCGUUCCUGGUGUUAUCCGUUGCUAACGGUGCGUACGCGCAAGCAACAGCUCAAUCCAGCGUUGCUCCCGAACUACGAGAAUGUUAUAUGGAUCCGAAUUUAGUCAACCGUAACAAUCUCCCGCCUACGACAAUGCCAGUUCUUAUUGAUAUUAUACGUAAGAUCGAAAACAAUCCAAAUAUCACCUUGGAUCUGAGAAUGCUUUCAACACAACUGCUCCAUACCUACCGACAAGAUGGUAUCGAAUAUCACCAGCGUAGCACAAAUGUUGCUGCCUCCUCUAUAGUGUUACCUUUUGCUCCAACAUUCCAUUCAUUCCAUCGACACAGAUUGCUAUUACGAAUUAUACCCAGUAAUCAACAAGUACUGCCCAACAACACUCUGCCUUCAAGUUUAAAAUGUGCGCUCCAUAACAUGAUUUCUACUACCGUUGACGCGCGUACGCGAGGCGAUGAGAGUACUUGCGGUAGUCUGUCGCAAUACCGUGCGUUGAGGACUGUUCGUUCACCUCGUUCGCGUCGUUCUAUUGAUGAUGAUGUAGAAAUUUUAGAUCUGAAACAACUUAGUGAGCAAAAAAAUGGUCACAUGAUGCAAAAUGAAGGUGAUAGCGAUGUGGAAUACGCAGAAGAUGUAUCUAGUCGGCAACUAUUAGGAGAUAGUGCUUGUCCAAUUUUAACUGGUGUAGUAAAUACCCGUUGGGGAGCUGUCUCCGCGGGUAACCUCAUCGCUGGAAUAGCAGCGGGAUCUGAGUCGCAACAAGUGCCAAUCCUGGAACUCACCAAAGGCUCAGUACUAAAUUAUCAAAACGUUCAGCCGACUAUUACUACUGUUUAUCCUGCUACAUUGUCAGGUGAUUUGGCUGAAGCUGUACUUGUACAAGGUACGGCUGGAAGGACGACAAUAAGUGUAGGUAACGCCGGUAACUGGAACAGCUCUCAAGCGACAAGAUUUUAUAUGUUGAGCGGUCGUACCAAUAUAGAGAUGACAGAUCCUGAAAUCCGUGGAGCUCUCGACGGCUUUUUCCUUGGGACAUCAUUGCCCGAUACACUAAGAACAUUUGGAUCAUUGAAGUUAUCACAGUUACUCGAUAUGUACUAUACGCCUUUGAACGGAGUAUUCAACACUAAUUUAAGGGCAUGCAAUCGUCGUGAACUCAGUCAACAAUUGGUUGUGACAAAUAAUUUGGUUGGUGAAACAAGAGCAUUCACGGCUGCUCUAGAUACGGUCUUGCCCCUUGCAGGAACUUUAACGGGUGGUAUUGAAGGCCUCGUAGAUAAUUCUAUUACAAAUUUGCAAAACUACAUAAACAAUAACUUGAACGACAUAAACUGUAUGCUAACUACAAGUGCUAGACUCGAUACAAGGUUAAGAACUAACUUAUAUAUAGUUCUUGAUGGAUCGUGGCAAUAUCAAGCAGUAUAUCCUGCUAUCUCACACAUCGUUGAAAGUAUAGAUGUUGGACAUUUCGGUUCGAGUAUUACACUUCUGAGUGCAUCUGACGGCAGUGUUCUUAUAAAUCAAACUUUCUCCCCAGCUGACUUUCAUACUGAAUAUACUCAACAAAGGCAUUUAACCUUCCCGACGGGUGUAAAUUUGCAGACAAGUUUUGCUAAUAUUCGGAUGAUGAUGCAGAAUCAAUUAAGAAACGAAACUACGAUGAACUAUGUCGGUGGCAAUUCGACAGUUCUGUUAUUCUUACUUAGUGCCGGUAAUAUCGAAAAUAAUGCUAAUGUCCUUGCGGAGCAUCGCUUACUGACGGAAGGUGUUCCAGAUUUGAUGUUGUUAUUUGCGACGGCUUUAAAUCAAUUAGAAAAUCUUUCGAAUUUGGUUCGUGAACCUGUCAAUGAUAUAACAACAAUCUCGCUUACGACGGGAGGCACAAACGUGGUUACAACGAUGACACCAGUAGUUGUCGGCAUUCAAAAUGUUGGAAGGAGAAUAAUCAAUCCUCUUUGCGGAGCUGAUUUUGUUGCCAGUUCAUCGGGAACAAGAGUAUUAACUCAAUAUGUAGACCCGGGUUACAUUAACUAUUAUAGAAUUAGUCCAAAUUAUUUCUAUGACAGUAAUGGUAAUACAAGAGUGCGUGUAUCUCGGACUGGUGGCGUUGGAGACCUAGUCAUAUGUCACUCCCGUGCCAUAGCGGUACCAAGACAAAACGAAACAUUCGCUAGUGUUGAAACCGAUGCAGUUACUUGUCAGACUUUGGGUGGUACUGGCAAUGUGGAACUUAAUCUUCAAAACGCCUGCGGUGGUUUCGGCACAAUUCGAGCUUGUCCACCGUGGUUCUUCUCUGUCGAGGCCCCAGCUAUAACUACUAAUCCGACUGCGACUUGCACAGAUGGCACCCAGUGCAGGUUCCCAUACGAUGUAGCAUAUGAAAUAGAAAUUCAGGACUUACAAUGUUUCAGCAGCGGUACCAACGUAGCAGCUAGCUUUGCCAUCUUAUUAUUUGGCAUCGUUAUCAAUAUGCUCAGAAUUUUAUAGAUUCAAACUUAGUUUUACAUUUUUCUUACUGUCAAUAAAAUUUUAAUUUAUUAUUUUGUAAAAUGAACAAAUAUUUACCCAACGAUUUGUAAAGUUGCAUUUUUUUUAGUUAGGUCAUAUUUACUAUCUAGAUUUAGGAUUCAAAAUAUAUACAAAAAGAUUAGGAUGAAAAAUGUUUCUUAUAUUCAAAUUAUUAUGUACGUAAUUAAGUACGUAACGGGGCAGUGAGGAAAAGUGUUUCUUU